AUGAUGAGACGGUCUAAAACUCAAGUAAAUACAUCUUCACCUCUGAAACUUGAUGUUUUGAAAAAAGCGCAAGAGAAGCGGCUUCAUUCGCUGAACAGAGUGUCUCCCAGUUGGAGAAGUUCUAAGUCGGCGGCUCCCAUCAAACAGUUCCAGGCUUCAGUGCAAGACGAUCCGUUCACAGAUUCUAAUGACCACUCAUCAUCGGUUUUUGUCAUUAGAAGCUCUUUUCCGUUGAAAGAAGGUCGUGAGGCGGAGGAGCAAGGUGUUGGUAAAAAACAUGCUCUGGUGGGCGCUUCGAUAAAGGAUGCUGACGACACCGAAAAGAACUUGAAGCGAGUAAAAACUGUGAGUGAUCAAAUAGACUAUUUAUCGACCAAGUCCCAGAAUGCACAGCAGAAGCUGGAGCCGACUUCUACUCCAACGGUUGCCGUUGAUAAUAGUACGAUAGACGCCCAGUUUUGCCUGAGCGAAGCUAAAAAAAGCUACAGUGGAGCUACAAACAUUCGGAAAAAACAUGUAGAGGAAGAAAAGCAAGAGGAAAAUACACAAGUAAUUAUGAAACUGAAGCCAAUGGAGAGAACUGAUUUUGAAUCAACGCAGGCAAAUGAUAGAGCUGAAGAAAUUGAUACCUCCAGAGAAAAUGAUGAAUUGGAAACGGCUACAGUUAAUAAUGCACACAAACUUGAAGUAGUACAAGAUACAGAUGAGACAGAAUAUUUAACAAAACAAUGCAUUCCCAGAAACUACGUCGAUCGUGGAAAGAUUGAACAACCAAAUACACAGCCAGAAAACGAAACCCAGAACAAAAAAGACGAUGAUGAAGAUGAUGAUAUUAAUGAGGAGGUUAAAGAAGAAAUUGAGCAUUUAUACACAACUUUUCCCACAUUAUCCCACAGGUAUGCAUUAUUAGAUCGCGUUGGAGAAGGAACUUUCUCAACAGUUUACAAGGCAAAAGAUUUAACAGGAAUGGACCGCAAAAUGAGUGGAUGCCCUAUUUGGAGCUCUCCAGUCACCAAAAGCAAGAAGCAUAAUAUUGUUGCUUUAAAACGGAUUUAUGUCACAUCUUCGCCGCAACGAAUAUUUAAUGAACUGCAAUUGCUCUACAAUUUUACGGGAUGUGACAACAUUGCCCCACUUAUAGACGCUUUACGAUUCGAAGACCAAAUCAUAGCUGUGCUUCCCUUUUACAGUCAUUCUGACUUUCGUGACUUUUACAGAGACUUGCCACUAGAUGGGAUCAAGGUAUACAUGCAUGAACUUUUCAAAGCCCUAAGUUUUGUCCAUUCAAAGCGCGUAAUUCAUAGAGAUGUCAAACCAACCAACUUCCUAUACGAUCCAUUUAGAAGAAGAGGUGUUUUGGUGGAUUUUGGACUUGCAGAAAAGGAACCCAACAAAUUCAGAGAUGCCUCACUAAAUUGUGCAUGUACAAAAGGAGGACUGAACUUAGAUGAUCUUCCCCAGAGUUUAAGAAUUUCCCAAAAGGGCUACCUGAAAGAUGAUCAGAGAUCUGCCAGAAGGGCCAAUAGAGCUGGCACUAGAGGAUUUAGAGCUCCUGAGGUGUUAUUUAAAUGCACUAACCAGACCAUGAAGCUAGAUAUCUGGUCUGUUGGCAUUAUCCUUCUCAGUUUGCUGAGUAGAAGAUACCCAUUUUUCCAAUGUCCUAACGAUGUCAAUGCCUUGAUUGAACUGACACGUAUAUUUUCCUUAGCCAAGAUGAAGAAAUGCGCUCAAUUGCACGGAUUAUGCUUAGAAACCAACAUCCCUGACGUGCAACAUGUAUCCCUGGGAGAACUUAUAUAUUGGGCUAUCGACUUUGAUAACAAAACCAGUGUAAGUGCCUUUGCCCCGGAUUCCCCAGCAUUAGAACUAUUGGAAGCAUUAAACGAGGAUGGAUCUGUAAAAGACACGCCACUUGGAAAAGAAUAUGGAAAUGCUCUAGAGCUUCUUAAAGCAUGUUUCCAAUUGAAUCCAAAUAAACGAAUUACUGCAAAUGAUGCUAUGAACAUGCCAUUUUUCGAUGCAAUUAGAGGCGAAAAUGAAGAAAAUGAUGAAAUCAUACUUGAUUAG